UUUUCAUCUUGUAGUUUCAGUGAGGUUCAAUCUUCCCAAAGAUUGGCUUUAAUUAGUGAGAGUUCUUCUCUUCAUAUGUGGUUUCGUAUGAGUUUUAUUGGCACUUUCUCUAUUUUUCUCUUUGAUAUGAAAUAGGUGGAGGUUCAAAGUAGGAAAGACAGCAUGAAGAACUAUGUAUCUUAUCAAUUUAGUCCUUCUCUUGAGCAAGUAAAGCAAAUAUUGGAGGCGAUAAUGGCUCAAGGAAAUAGUGGUAGAUGGAGUCUUCAAGGAACGACUACUCUAGUCACCGGUGGAACCAAAGGAAUCGAGCAUGCCAUCGUGGAGGAAUACUGGCCAGACUCAGGGCAACCCGUCUGCGUGCCAACUAGCCCAUGAUCUGCUUCUGAAAGCCUCAGGCCCGUCUUGAAGCAUCGUUUUCCUGUCUACUGCCACUGGGAGUUGUAUCAAUCGACGUUGGAUCCAUUUAUGUAGCUACUAAAGGUACGAGCAAGAGAAUAUUUAUUUAUUAUUAUUAUUAUUUUUUAAGUUAGCAAGGGAAUAUGUUAAAAGAGCAUGUAGAUGGAAAAUCAAUAGAAAAGCUGUAC